AUGACGACUCCCCCGCCGUUAGGAGAUAGACUCAAGGGCAUGCUUGAGCCUGCCCAGCUCAUGACAUGGGCUAUGUCUCACUACAUCCGAGUAUGCGCAGAAGCUGUCUUCAAGAAAGGCGAGAUCUUCGCGCCUAUCCUUCAAAUUCAUCGAUUGCGCGAUGAAGCAUUUGGUCGAUUCUGGGUCGAAUUUUCCACCCCAGCACCAAACGCUGCUCCACCCGCAACAGCAUCAGAAACAGAGACAGAGACAGACACAUUUCAACCAGGCCGAAACACCAACGGCUCAUCCGAUCUAAUCCCACCCCUGCUCCGCACAGCCAACGGGAUCGUUCUAGACAUCGGACCAGGAACAGGCACCCAAAUGCCCCUCCUCCGCUCACCCUCAAUAAGCACAAUCUACGGCCCAGAGCCCUGCACCGGGCUCCACGAGAAACUCCGCGCCAAGGCAAUCGCCGAAGGAAUCUCAUCCAAAUACCACAUUCUCCCCUGUGGCGCCGCAGCAUCGCAACUCCUCCCCGGACUUCGGGAAUCGGGCACGGGCGUGACAGAGGCGUAUGAUUCUGAUCCGCGGAAUGGGAUAUUCGACACGAUUAUCUGCGUGCGUGUUCUUUGCUCUGUUCCCGAGAUGGAGAGGACUGUGGAUGAACUGUAUGGGAUGCUGAAGCCGGGCGGGAAGUUGUUGGUUACGGAGCAUGUUGUUAAUCCGUGGCGGACGGCGAAGGGGUCUGUUCUGGCGAGGGUUGUGCAGAGUUUUUAUCAGUUGUUUGGGUGGAGCUUUUUCAUUGGCGAUUGUGCUUUGGAUCGGGAUACGGAGGGUGCGCUUUUGAGGGCUGCGCGUCUUGAUGGUGGGUGGAAGGUUGUGGAUUUGGAGAAGAAUUUUGCUUGGUCGGUCAUGCCUUAUGUUUCUGGGACUCUGGUUAAGAAGAGUUAG